AUGUUGCCUAGGGCGUGGCUGCUACCUAUGGCGAACCUCUUGAUAACGUUAGUGCUAUCUACUAUGAUGAUAUCGCGGGUUUUGACAUCGGGUCCUCCUGGUCAUUUGGGCGAGACAAGGGAGUUGGUGAAUCUGUGUGGUCUGUUCUCAAUCCACUACCGUAUCGUGGUGGACGACUCCAGCCUGACGGCCGGACCGAUUCGCGAACGGUGCUCAAACUACCACAUUCUAUCCUACCUCCGGGCAAGGUCCAUGAUGUUCGCCGUGGAGGAAAUCAACAACAGAUCCGAUUUCCUCCCAAAUGUGUCUCUCACCUACGAAAUACACGAUAUCUGCAAUCGCAAAAGCAUAGGGCUCCAGGCUUGCAUGGACUGCCUCCGUUUGGUCAACAGCAGUGGUCCCCAGACAUAUUCACCGGCAGAUCUCCCUAAAACUAACGAACCAUCUCUUGUGAUCAUCGGACCCGAUACCUCAGAGUCCGCCAUUACGAUGGCGGACUUUUUACAGAUUUUCGGUGUGCCGUUGAUAAGUUACUCCGCAACGAGUACUUUACUGAGCAACCGGGAAAAGUACCGGACUUUCUUUCGGACGGUUCCGGACGACGGCUACCAGACAGUGGUCAUUGCUGAUAUCAUACGCCACUAUGGUUGGAACUGGAUUGCAAUCAUUGCCGUGGACAACAGCUAUGGUCGCUCUGCGAUGAACGAUUUCCUUUUGCAUGCCUCCAAAAGAGGUAUAUGUGUGGCCUUUCAGUUGGUGGUCGGGGAAACCAUGGGAUAUGGAGAUAUGCAGAGAUUGUUCAGAGAUCUUGAGACCUUUCCUGAACUUGAGGUGGUGGUCGCCUUCACUUAUUCCAAGACUCUCUUGCCGUUUCUGGAGAGGACUGAGAUGAACUCUACACCAAACAAUGCCUUGACUUGGAUAAGUGCCGAUGUGUGGACGGACAUUGCCAGCCGAGAUUUUCGCAUCAUGGGAAACGUACUGAUGGUUACCGUGGAAAACACCGAGGUGCCAGGGUUCCAAUCCUACCUCAGGGAUCUCAACCCAUUCCACAAAGAAUUCCAAGACGAUCCCUGGCUCCGAGAGAUCUGGGAGGGGGAGUUUGGCUGCAAGGUCGGGUUCCCUAUCGAUCAGGACUCGCCCUGCUCUCACCACACGCUCCUGGAUCUGGAGGACAUCGAGAAUGCUGCCAUGUCCUUCACAAUACAUCGAGUGUACUUGGCGGUUUAUGCAGUGGCACAAGCAUUGGCGGACAUCCAGCACUGCGUUGAUACGCAGGGGUUAUUGGCCAACGGGAGAUGUCCUACUAUAAAGGACGUGGAGCCCUGGCAGUUCAUGAAGUACUUGAUGUCCGUUAACUUCACCACCAGCAACAACGGCAGUCGGCACGUCUCAUUCAACAAAGAAGGCGGCAUUGUGGACACCUUCAAGAUAAUUCAAUGGCAACGGUGUGAGGAGAAUGGCAUGAGUGAUUGCCAGGUUGUAAACUUUGUCGAGAUUGGACGCCACAAGGAUGGUGUUUUGCAUAUUAAUGAUACUCGGAGUAGAUGGUAUAAUGACGACACUAACCUCGAUGUGCCUCCGUCCGGGGUAUGUAAGUCGCCGUGUCCGCCCGGUUCUAGGAAGGUUAGCCGAGACGGGCUCCCAGUCUGCUGCUACGAAUGCACUGAAUGUCCGGAAGGAUCAUUCACUAAUACUACAGGUGAACUGCUGUGCACUGAGUGCCCGCAAGGAACAUGGUCCAAUGAGAACCGCACGUCGUGUGACCCAAAGACAGCCGAUCUGCUCCAAUGGAACGAGCCCGUAACCAUCAUCGUCAUGUGUAUCUGCGUUGUCGGUUGGAUCGCAACUUCAAUCAUGCUGAUCACCCUAUGCGCUCACCACAACACCGCCAUCGUGCGAGCCUCCAAUCGUGAGAUCAGCUACUGCCUCCUGACGCUGCUCCUGGUCGCGUUCCUGGAACCAUUGCUAUACAUCGGCAUGCCAGUCACCUGGUCCUGCAACUUCCGGAUCGCCUUGCACAGUCUAAGCAAUACAGGAGUUCUCGCGAUAUUUGUCGUCAAGACUCGGAGAAUUCUGGACGUAUUCGACACCACGUGGAGAGGAUUCUCGUUGAGAUCUCGUCUGCGUAGGACGGGACUUCAGGUGUUGUUGAUCUUGGUCAUGAUCCUCAUUCAAGGCACCGUGGUUGCUGUUUACCUUGUCAUACGACCCUCUAAAGUUCUCCUAGACCAAGAUAUAUCAAACUCCAAAGUAUACGCCCAGUGUGAUAGCGAAGUACUAGCCUUCGUGGUUAUGUACACGUACAACGCCAUCUUGUCGUGUGUGUGUUUUGUAUUUUCCUUUCGCGCCAGAAAGAUACCUGAGAAUUUCCACGAAACGCGGUACAUCACAGUGACGAUGCUGUUCUACAUGGUCAUAUGGGUGGUGUCGCUACCCACGUAUUUCUCGACAACGGGGAAACUUCAAGCUUUAAUGCAGAUCAUCUCUGUCCUGCUGACGAACUAUAUGAUCCUUGGCUUCAUGUUUGUGCCCAAGUUUUACAUUAUAUUUAUCACACCGGAGAGAAAUACCACCCAGUCCAUUCGUGAACAGGCAUGCGGUUUUCGAAUGGGAGAGAUUAACAACACUCUUGUUGUGCAGAUGGACGGAGAAGGAAGACGGCUUUCCUCCAAACUGUCAGGAUCCGAACCACAUCUGGUCAACCAUUCAUAGUAUAUAUUGUUCAAAUUUCAAUAAAUUCUGGUGUUUUUCCCCCUUUUUCAGUGUGAGAUUAGCAUUUAGGCCCAUCUCUAUAUCUUACACAUUUAUAAUAUUAUAUUAGUCAAUUCAUAUGCACUUUUUGUCCUAAAUGCAUGAGCUUCAUUGCUGGCGCAUGAAGCUUUCUAAUCAAGCAAAAAUCAUAUAAUAUGCUAGGUAUAAACGGGGGCAGCAAAAUUACUGAUGCUGGACUCUAACCCGUGACCUUUCUAACAAUUGCUCUACCAAUCAUGUUGAACUAAUCAGCCAAUAUAAUCCAUUUAUUCACAUCAUAUUAUGUUUACAAAAGAGCCACACUACAGUCCCUGUAGGCACACUUUGUGCACUUACGAAAACAAGAAAUGGGGCACAUCUCAAAAGUUGUUUAAGCUGUUGUUUUUAUAACUCUUGAAAUAAUAUGCAAAUUUUGACAGUAAUGUAAAUUGUGCCAUAGGACCCUUGUAGUAACUUUCCCACCAGGAAAGCCCUAAAAUAUGGUUACUUGGUCAAUGGGCAGUCCAUAUAUGUCAAUCAUGUUGUGUAAUUAAUAGCAAAACUCUUUGUUUCACUUUUUUGGUCAAGGUUUUACAGUAGAAUUAGUUACUCGUCUUUGGGAUUCAAAAUGCUGUCCUGAUUUAUAGGUCAAAUGCAUAUUACGGUUUUAACUUUGGAAGCAAUGCAAGUAAAAACUCAUAUUUUCAUUUGAAUUUAAAUUAAACCUAUUUAUUCAGUACUAUGAAGUUAAAAGUUGCUCAAGGAUACCAGCAACUUCAUUGAUUUAGACAUGUCUCUCUAAGUCAGAAAAACAGUGUUAAACCUAUGAUUCAGUACCAAAAAAGCCCAAGCAACGAGUUUAGUUUGUAAAGGUACCUGAGACGUCACCAGAGCCCAUUUUCAAAGAGCUACUCAUGCAAAAAAACAGUGCUUAAUAAUUAAUAAUAUCAAUAUUAACAAUAAUAAUAACAGGUAUUUAGAGACGCUCC